CCCCCCAAAGCCGCGCGCGGCGGCGGCGGCGGGCGGCGGCGCGAUGAUGAGGAUGAUGAAUACAUUGCAAAGUUUUUUUGGCCCCGGCGAGGGGUGUCAGAUUGAGCGCUGUGUGCGCAUGUGCGAAGGUGUCCAAACUGACAAUGCUGGGGAGAUGAAGAUCGUGUGUAGCUGCUUCUGGACUCCAGGAGGAGGAGGUUCCGCGCGCCGACACCAUGCGAUCCAAGGCGAGAGCGAGGAAGCUGGCCAAAAGUGACGGCGACCUCGCGGGGGACAUGUACGAGCGCGACGCGGAGCUGCUGGCCGGCGAGAGCGCGGAGGACGAGGCAGAGGACGGCCCCAUGUCCCCGGUGCCCGAGGGCCCACCGUCGCCCUUCACACCCAAGGAGGGCUCCCCGUACGCCGCCCCCGUCUACAUCCCCGAGGACAUCCCCAUCCCGCCCGACUUCGAGCUGCGUGAGUCCUCCGUGCCGGGCGCCGGCCUGGGCGUCUGGGCCAGGAAGAGACUGGACACGGGUCAGAGGCUGGGGCCGUUCGCGUUGGCGGCACCACGGCCGGUGCUCCGGGACACCGACUUCGGAUGGGAGCACGUGCUGGCAGAUGCCGAGGAGACGCCGCAGGACAGUCGCGCAGGGAAGCUCUCCGAAGACCUGGGCAGUGACAAGUUUGGUGCGGACAUCGGAGCGGCCGGGGCAGGCAGCUGGCUCAAGUACAUCCGGGUGGCGUGCUCCUGCAGCGACCAGAACCUCAGCUUGUGCCAGGUCAACGAGCAGAUCUACUACAAAGUCAUCAAGGACAUCCGGCCCGGGGAGGAGCUGCUGGUGCACGUGAAGGACGCGGCCUGCGCACUGGGCACGGUGCCCCCCAGUCCGGAUGAGGCCCCCACCUUCCGCUGCGGUGCCUGUGACGAGCUCUUCCCGGCCAAGCUGGACCUGCGGCGACACCAGAAGUUCGCGUGUGGCUCUGCGGGCUCGGCGCUCUUCCAGGGCCUGGGGCCCCGGCUGCAGCCCGACAGGCUGGCAGGAGGCCCCGACACGCAGGCCCACGAGUGCAAGGACUGCGAACGUCUGUUCCCCACCAAGUACAGCCUCGAGCAGCACCUGGUGGUGCACACAGAGGAGAGAGAGUACAAGUGUGACCAGUGUCCCAAGGCCUUCAACUGGAAGUCCAACCUCAUCCGCCACCAGAUGUCCCAUGACAGCGGCAAGCGCUUUGAGUGCGAGAACUGCGUGAAGGUCUUCACAGACCCCAGCAACCUACAGCGGCACAUCCGGUCCCAGCACGUGGGUGCCCGGGCACACGCCUGCCCCGACUGCGGCAAGACGUUCGCCACGUCCUCCGGCCUCAAGCAGCACAAGCACAUCCACAGCACGGUGAAGCCGUUCAUAUGUGAAGUCUGCCACAAGUCCUACACGCAGUUCUCCAACCUGUGCCGACACAAACGCAUGCACGCGGACUGCCGCACGCAGAUCAAGUGCAAGGACUGCGGGCAGAUGUUCAGCACUACCUCCUCCCUCAACAAGCACCGGCGCUUCUGCGAGGGCAAGAACCAUUACGCGCCUGGGGGCCUCUUUGCCCCGGGGCUGCCCCUGACCCCCAGCCCCCUGCUGGACAAGGCCAAGCCUCCGCCCAGCCUCAACCACACGAGCCUCAGCUUCGGCGAGUACUUCCCCUCCAGGCCCCACCCCGGCGGCCUGCCCUUCUCCACGGCGCCCCCCGCCUUCCCCGCGCUCACCCCCGGCUACCCCGGCAUCUUCCCCCCAUCCCUGUACCCACGGCCUCCGCUGCUGCCGCCGACGCCCCUGCUCAAGAGCCCCCUCAACCACACCCAGGACGCCAAGCUGCCCAGCCCCCUGGGGAACCCGGCCCUGCCCCUGGUCUCAGCCGUGGGCCACAGCGGCCAGGGCAGCACGGGGGCCGCAGGGCCCGAGGACAAAUUUGAGGGGGCCCUGGAAGACGCGUACGCAGAGAAGCUCCAGGCACGCGGCAGCGACGUCUCCGACGGCAGCGACUUCGAGGACCUCAACACCACGACCGGGACCGACCUGGACACCACCACGGGGUCAGGCUCGGACCUGGACAGCGACGCCGACAGUGACCGGGACCGGGCCAAGGGCCAGAGCAGGGCGGCCGAGGGCAAGGUGGAGCUGGGGGGUGGCGGAGCGGCGCCCCCUGGAGCGGCCGGUGGCGCCGGGGACCUGCCGGUGUUCUACUCGCAGCACGCGGCCUUCUUCCCGCCUCCCGACGAGCAGCUGCUGGGCGCGGCGGGUGCAGCCGGCGACUCCAUCAAGGCCAUCGCGUCCAUCGCGGAGAAGUACUUCGGGCCGGGCUUCAUGGGCAUGCAAGAGAAGAAGCUGGGCGCGCUGCCCUACCACACGGUCUUCCCCUUCCAGCUGCUACCCAGCUUCGCCCCCGGCCUCUGCCCCUUCUCGGACCGCGCCCUCGCCCACAACCUGCUGGUCAAGACCGAGCCCAAGUCUCCCCGGGAUGCGCUCAAGGCGGGUGGCCCCGGCGGCGAGUCCCCGUUCGACCUCACCACCAAACCCAAAGACUCCAAGCCCGUCCUGCCCACCGCUCCGGGCCCUGCCACCCCCGCUGUCCCCGAGGAGCAGCCACUGGACCUGAGCGUGGGCAGCCGCGCGCGAGCCAGCCAGGACGGAGCGGCCCGUGCUGCACCUCGCAAGAACCACGUGUAUGGGGAGCGCCGGCCGGGCGCGGGCGAGGGGCUGCCCCCCGUGUGCCUGGGCCAGCUGCCCGCCCAACCCUCCCUGCACUACGCCAAGCCGUCGCCCUUCUUCAUGGACCCCAUUUACAGGGUGGAGAAGCGCAAGGUGGCCGACCCCGUGGGCGUCCUCAAGGAGAAGUACCUGCGGCCGGCCUCCCUCCUCUUCCACCCCCAGAUGUCAGCCAUCGAGACCAUGACGGAGAAGCUGGACUCCGGCGGCGCCCUGCAGCCCCUGCCCCACCACCCCUUCAACUUCCGCUCCCCGCCGCCCACGCUCUCGGACCCCAUCCUCAGGAAGGGCAAGGAGCGCUACACGUGCAGGUACUGUGGCAAGAUCUUCCCCCGGUCAGCAAACCUCACGAGACACCUGCGGACGCACACUGGGGAGCAGCCCUACAGGUGCAAGUACUGCGACCGCUCCUUCAGCAUCUCAUCCAACCUCCAGCGGCAUGUCCGCAACAUCCACAACAAGGAGAAGCCCUUCAAGUGCCACCUGUGCAACCGCUGCUUCGGCCAGCAGACCAACCUGGACCGCCACCUGAAGAAGCACGAGCACGAGCACGCGCCAGUGAGCCAGCACGCCGGCGUCCUUGCCAACCACCUGGGCACUGGCGCCUCCUCCCCAACCUCUGAGUCCGACAGCCACGCACUGCUGGACGAGAAGGAGGACGCCUACUUCUCCGAGAUCCGCAACUUCAUCGCCAACAGCGAGAUGGGCCAGGCGUCGGCGCGGGCAGACUCCCGGCCAGAGGGACAGGACCUCGACAGUGCCCCCCAGUGCCCGGGCCUGGUAGAGGGGAAGCCAGAUGAUGUGGAGGAAGAGGAGGAGGAAGAGCUGGAGGAGGAGGACGAGGACAGCCUGGCGGGCAAGUCCCAGGAGGAUGCAGUGUCCCCCACCCCCGAGCCCCAGGGCACCUACGAGGACGAUGAGGAUGACGAGCCUCCCGCCACCCUGGCCGUGGGCUUCGAGCACACCCGCAGGUGUCCUGAGCAGCCAGCAGGCGGGCUGUUGGCUCUGGAGCCGGUGCCGACUUUUGGGAAGGGGCUGGACCUCCGCAGAGCCGCUGAGGAAGCCUUUGAAGUUAAAGAUGUGCUUAAUUCCACCCUAGAUUCUGAGGCCCUAAAACAGACCCUGUACAGGCAGGCUAAGAAGCAGGCGUACACAAUGAUGCUCUCCCUCUCCGAGGACGCUCCCCUGCACGCCUCCUCCCCCAGCCCUCUGGACACUUGGUUGAACAUCACAGGAGCCGCGCCCGAGUCUGGGGCCUUCGACCCUAUGAACCAUCUCUGA